AUGUGGCAGUCGGCGCUAACUCGCACGGGCACUGCGGCGGGGAGCACGCAGGGGUGGGCCCCGGUUGAGGAGACGUGGUGGCGCAGGGAAGGGACGAACGAGGCGCGGGUAGACGCGAGACUAGUGGAGAGGGCGUACGUGGCGAUGAUCUGCGUGCUCUCCCUUACGGGCUGCCACCGCGAGGCGGUCCGCCUCGUCAGGCAAUUCGUCGAUCGGUACCCCCCUAGCCAGAUCAGCAAGCCGAACCCGAAACCAGGGAUAUCAGUUAGAUAA